GCUAGUGUGAAGGUCAUACACCGGUAAGCUGAUGGUUUCCGUGCACUGAUUCAGGAUUAUAAAUUGAAUGAUGUCACUUCCUGAUGACUUCCUGGGCAUAGGGAGUUUAGUCUUUCUAACACUAACCGAGUUGAGAGGUGUUUUGCGCUCACAGGCUCUUUAUUUAAUUGUUUAUGAAGUUAGCAGCAAAGACCUCCGCCAUUAUAAGUACUCCACUUUGACAUUUUCAUCAAUUAAACAAUCAAUUAAUGAAAUGAAUUGGAUCAUGAAAAACGAAACUACUCAAUUGUUUAAAUAUCAUUUAUGGAAAGUUUUAAAUUUAUCACAAUUGAAUAUUAUGACGAAAGUAUCAACUCAUCAUGAACUAUAUCAUAAUAAUACUUUAAUCAAUAUAAUAAAUGAUAAAUGGAUUUGUCAAAAUCUUUCAAAAGAACUAUACCAUAAAGAUUUAAAUAGAUUUAUAAAACUUUUAAUAAAUAACCAUUUGAAUGAUUCUCAUAUUGAUCAACAGGAAGAAUUCAUCAGAAGUCUUAUUCAAUUAUGCUUCUUAGAUAAUAAUCAAUAUAUUGGAUGGUAUUACUAUUAUUAUUAUUACAAUCAAUGGUAUAAUUCAACAGAAAGAUAUAUAAUUAAAAUUCUUUUAAAAGAUACAUUGAUACCUAUAUUAUAUUUUUUAAAUAUAUUUACAAUGAUAUUUAUAAAUUGUCCAAUAUAUUACUUAUUAAGUCAAAGAAGAAGUAGUAUACACAAUUCUAUAUGGUAUUUAUUAACAUCAUAUUCAAUAUUAAAGACAUUUUAUGUAAUAAUAUUUUAUUUACCAAAAUUAAUUAACAGUUUAUUAACAUUGUAUAAGAAUUAUGUAAUUAAUCUUAAUGGAAGUAAUACUACUUAUUAUAGUUUACAAGAUUUAAGUAAUAUAUCCUGUUCAAUAUUUACAUUUAUAGAAUCUAUAUUAGAUUAUACACCGAAUUGGAUUAUGAUGAUUAUAGUAUGGGAACAAAUAAUUAAAUUUAUUUUAUAUAGAUCAUAUUCAAUUCAUAAAUUACAUUAUUAUUCUUAUGAUUUAUUAUGUAAAAAUUUAAUUACAAGUAAUUAUCAACAAUGUUAUAGAUUACAAAAAUCAAUUAUUAAUCAAUUAAUCAAAGAAAAUUUGAUCAUAGAAACAAAACAAAAAUAUCAUGGAUUAACAUUAUUUAGCGCCAAAUUAAUUACAAUUACAAUUAUUGUAUUACAAAUAAUUUUAAAUGUUCAUUUAAUUUGGUUAUAUGAUUAUUCAAAUGGUAAAUGUGAAAUAGAUAUAGAGAAACAUUCACCAAUAUUUACAUAUUUAUAUCCAUAUUUAUUACGAAUUAUUCAAUGUUCAAUACCAAAUUUUGGCUGUUUCAUAGGUAUAAUUGUUUAUAUAAUAUAUAGUUUAAUGAUAUGUCGAUUAAAUCAUUCCAAAUCUAAUUCAAUUAAAUGUGAUACAUUUAAAUACACACCAUAUUCCAUUGAUAGUACUUCUCAUCAUUUAACAAAUUGUUCAAUUCCAAUGAAAUCAUCUAUAGAUCAAUUGAAUGAUAAUAAUAAUAGAUUAAAUCAAAUCUAUAAACGAAUUCAUAUUAAAAAUUAUACUAUACUACUAACAUGUUCAUUAUGUUCUAAAUCAAAAUCAUUACAGCAUACUUUAUGGAAUUCUUCUAAUACUACUAAUAUUAUACAUCAUGAUUCUAUGAAAUCUAUACAUGAAUUACAAUUCAUUAAAUCAUAUCAUCAUAACAGGGAUUAUGAUCAACAUACUACUACUAAUAAUACUACUCAUACUACUCAUACUACUCCUGAACAUACUACUAAUAAUCAAAACAAAAUGGAUUCAAUAUUUCUAUUUUAUAAUACUGGAAAUGUUUUCACUACUACUACUACUACUACUACUACUACUACUACUACUACUACUACUACUACUACUACUACUACUACUACUACUACUACUACUACUACUACUACUACUACUACUACUACUACUACUACUACUACUACUACUACUACUACUACUACUACUACUACUACUACUACUACUACUACUACUACUACUACUACUACUACUACUACUACUACUACUACUACUACUAUUACUACUACUACUAUUACUACUACUACUACUACUACUACUACUAUUAACAAUAAUAAUAGCUGA